AUGUUUCUCAAUAUUGGUAUGCUUGAGGUAGACACCCCUAGAUCAGAAACGGGAGAAUUUAGCAAAGAACUCGAUGUUCGCGUGUCGGGAACCGCGACUUACUUCGGCAAGGAAUGUAUCAGGUGCAAGUUGGGACCGUCUUCGGGCCAAAUUCAAACCACCCUGGCAGAAGCCUCGAACAACUUUAGCAUCAUGUCAUGGCCCUCCGUAAGGCCAACGCGACCUUAUGGGCUCAUCGACUUACUCAGGGAGCCUAUCCCCAAUAUAUCUGCUGAGACAAAGAGCGACGAUGCGCGCCGGACGGGUUUGAGAGACACAGCAUGGCUUUCACUCCAUCCGAACCACCACGACCACGUCACGCGUUGGAGGAACUUCAACUACCCCGUAAUCCGCGUGGCGCUGAAGGAACUCCUCGACGGGGUCUUGGACCUGAGUGCGAGCUUCUGGCAUGACUACUGGCCGGCGAGUCUCCUCGAAGUGGGAGACGGACGCUCGCGCAAUGUCAGGCAGCCCCGUAGAUUUGAAGCGCUGGGGAACCAGCUCAAUUUUGCCUUGUACCAUGCCUUGAUGCAGCGGACUCACGAUCCGGCCGAUCCGAUCUGGGGUGCCCUUUCCUAUACACCUGGGCAUAGCGAAGAAGCAAAGAAUGACGACUUGUCUCCCAUCUGUUCCUUGAGCUAUGACUGGGUGCUAUUGGACUACGAACACUCCGACGAGAAACACGACGGCCAGUGCCAACCCGUCGUCAUAGGCAUAGACAGGUCAGUCGAUGAAUUCCCGCUCCAUCUACUAGGUAAAUUCGAUGAGGGAGGACGACUCGAUGAGAGGAUCGAAUGGACGCUUCGCCAGGUCGGGACGGUGUGCUGGUAUAAGAAGACGCCGUACGCCUUCGUGAUGACGCCAGCAGGGGCGACUAUGCUGGCCUUUGGCGUUGGUGCUCAGUUGAACAGUUCUCCCUUACUGAGUGUAAAAUACGCGGUAUUUCCCAGAGACCACAAUCAGCAAGACGUCCGCAAGAUGCCCUUGCUGAUGGCCCUAUGGUCGUUAUGUAUGAUAGGAUGGAGUGACAAUGCACGGGGAUCCUGGAACGGCUCUGCCGGUGAGCUCAACACGUGGGUCCAGGUGACAGAGGGAAGGGGGAAACUGUAUGAGCACAGCCGGCUCCGUCAGCGAAACAGGGGUCACCCGCCCGGAGCGGUGGUGAUCCCCAUGUCCGCUAGGACACCGGCACCUGUCUUAUAUCCUUUGGGGGUUGCUUUUAAACAGUGGCAGCCUGGAGACGUGGAAAACCCAUUCACGAGCCUGCCAACAUCUGCCGGACUGUCAGACUCUACGGUUUCGCCGUUGUCAGGGGUCACGGUUGCGGCCUCGCCUGCGUCGGAUGCGUUCCCAGGGCUGACGAGAUGGCGUUUAAGGGAAGCCGAACCAGUGCACUUAGAUCUUCCAUGUUUGCAGCGUCAUUAUAUCUCGCCAUACCAGCCUCCUGUAGCUCCCGAGGUGCCUGUUGAGGAGGAGGACCUACGUCGUCAUGCUCCAGUGCCAUUGUCAGUCGCGGCAAUCACGGCAUGUGUAGAUACACCCGAGGUCCCGACCCGAUUCCACCAGGAGCCUGGCGAUGCCACCAGACUUGCCGCAGACACGGCCCAUAUAGCAACGGCCGUAGAAUCUAAUUCAGAUGAGCAGAGAAAUCAGGCCAGCGGUGACCAGGUAGCAGGAUGUGCAGCUUGCCAUGGACCAUCAGCUAGUGCGGUUAGCGCCCUUGGGCACAAUUAUACUACCACGAGUUACGCCCUCGGAAGAGACGGCCAGAUUAUCGCGAUUGAGUAUUCGGCGAAUGCUCCCGGGGGUUGGGGUAUGAGUCUUCCUGUAGAAUAUGGUCCCGAGAUCGUACAAUAA